GAUCUCGGGCGAAGAGGAGGAGCCAGAGACACCGAGCGGGUGGAGUCGGGAGCCGGAGAGCAGUGGAGGCGGAUUUCCUGGGCCCGGAUCUCAGGGGCUACCAUGGCGUUUGGGAAGAGUCACCGGGAUCCCUUUGAGACCCCCGUGGGCCACCUCAUAGAAAAGGCUACGUUUGCUGGUGUUCAGACUGAAGAUUGGGGCCAGUUCAUGCACAUUUGUGACGUAAUUAACACUACCAGAGAUGGGCCAAAAGAUGCAGUAAAAGCUUUGAAGAAAAGGAUUUCCAAAAACUACAAUCAUAAAGAAAUCAAACUUACCUUGUCACUUAUUGACAUGUGCAUGCAGUGCUGUGACCCAAGUUUCCGGUCUCUGAUUGUGAAGAAGGACUUCGUUAAAGAGGUCCUAGUUAAGCUGCUGAAUCCUAGAUACAACCUGCCCGAAGACAUUCAGAAUAUGAUCUUGAACUUCAUUAGGACUUGGUCACAGGAUUUCUCAGGAGGCAUGGAUAUAAGUGAAGUGAGAGAAGUGUACAUUGACCUGCUGAGGAAAGGCGUUCGAUUUCCUUCCGCAUAUGCCGAGGCCGAAACCGCAGAAAAGGUCUCAUCGAAUCGACCAACACCUGUUCCUUCGGCACCAGCUCUUUCUUCUGUAGUCGUUCCCAAGUACGCGACCAUCACGUUGGUCCCAGAACAGAUUGGAAAAUUGCACAGUGAGUUGGACAUGGUGAAAAUGAAUGUGAGCGUGAUGUCUACCAUAUUGAUGCAGAAUAUCCCUGAAUCUGAAGACCCUGUAGACAUGGAGCUUCUGGAGAAACUUUAUAAGAUUGGUCGGGAGAUGAACGAGAGGAUCGUGGACCUGCUCGUCGUGGUGGAGAAUGAAGACAUAACUGCUGAGCUAACUGAAGUGAAUGAGGAGUUGAAUAAUGUCAUCCUUGGAUAUGAGAGGUACGUUAGAAACAAACAAAGGGCGCUGGCGCGAAAGCAGAGGGAAGACGCCGAGACUACCAGUUAUCCUUCUGCCCCAUCCGUUGAAUUUUUUAAGCUAAGUCCCACCCCUCGGGAUCAAGGAGCCGCAGUGGAGGAACUCAGGGCUGCGCUUACUCAGCUUUUAGACCCAAAUGUCAGCUCUCCAAGUCCCGUUGUAACCAACGACUCGCAACCCAGUCUUCAAUCACAGGUGGAUUGGUUAUUCUCACAAGGUACAGAAACACUCCGGUUUACCCAAGAGACUGACCAAAUCUUCGCCUCAAGUGGUACAUAUGAGAAUAUUUUGGGACUUCCAGAUUCAGUAUUACAGCCAGUUAGUCUUCAGACCAUGCCAGCCACAUCAUCAAACGAGAGACUGCCACCCUUGCCCAGCAAUCAUCCAGCGACGACAAAGAAUGAUCUCCAGCCACCCAAUUACUACGAGGUAAUGGAGUUUGAUCCCUUAGCUCCUGCUGGCACUACAGAGGCUGUUUAUGAAGAAAUUGAUGCCCAUCAGCGCAAAGUAGCUCCAGGUCAUAGUGAUUGCUGAGGUGAAGACUUCAACUUACACAAGUAACAUUCCACAUUAUAAGGGAUUUCAGUGUAAUGGUCACUUUCUCUAUUUAGUAUUACCUUUUGUAAGGGCCAUCUGAGUCUCUGACACUUUGAUGACUGAAAUAUUAUACUAGUUUCUCCAAAUCAUUCAAAUUCCAAUUAACUAUUUGUUCCCUAAUGAAAUCAUUCUUUGUGACCUUGUUAGCUAAAAAUAAUAAACCUUGGCAAUGCAGAAGCAAUGUAGAAGUUGGUUUAUGUAUAGAAAUAUUACUGCUAAUAAAAAUAAAUUUCUUAGCGCUGGAAUCAGACAUUGGUCUCUUAUGUGCAGUUAAUACCUUUGAACUGGGACUGGUACAACUCAUAUUCAUUGUUAACCCAGAUAGGUCUGGAUUUUUUCUAUUUGCUCUACUAGGCAUUUCAUUUAUUUAUUAAUGAAUGCACAGCCACCAAUAACCUAUAAACCUUAUUUAUUCCCCCUCACAAGUCCCCCACCCCAUGGAAAUAGUACAUUCCUUUUUCUUUCCCAGUACGUGGCUCUCCAGUUAUUAAGGAAUGAGGGAAGAGAAGGGAAGGAAGGGGACAGUUGACUAUCUUCUGUUUAUUCUAGGGGAAGGGAACGACCAGCUCACAAGCUGCAUUAGGGGUACCGACUCUCUAAAAGGUAGACCCUGUCCAGCUUUGAGGCCCAGAAGACACGACCUACCAACACAUCAAAACCACAGUGGACAUUUGUCCUCUGCAGUCAUGAAGUAUAAACAGAAGAGUAACCGUUCCAGAGUAAGAGCUAUGAUUCCUGAGAGCAGUGCAAGCUUUAUCUCAGAAGAACUUGGUUUUUAAUGUAUAUUCACUUAAAACUUCAACAGAAGAAACAUUCAUUGUACUGAGGCCAACUUCAUUGGAGGAUCUUAUGUUUCAAAGGGUUUCCUACAAUUAGGUAUCAUCGCACAGCUGUGAUAAGAAUAGAUGGAGAUUAUUACAAAGUAAUUCUGAAUAGAUAUAAACGUGAAAUGUGAGAAACUAAAUAUUUUGUUCAGGAAGAAUACUGAGUGCCUUCAUUUAACUAAAAUCCAAUGUAAAAGUCAAUUUGCACUUCUUUAUAAAUAAUAUUCUUGUUUAGAAUUAUGCAUUAUAAAAGCCUUGAUAUUGUAGUUUCUAUUUCAGGUGCCCUGAAGAAGUCACUGGACUCUGCAUCGAGUUGCUUUUAAAUAUGAUUCUUUGUAAUACUAAAUGUUAUCUAUUUUUUUUUUGCUGCAACUUAACAUUUGUAUUUGGAACAGAUAAGACUGAAAAACAUUCAGAAUUGUGCAUUUGUUUAUGUCAUAAAUUACAAUGACAAAUUACUAUUAAAACAAUUUAAUACGUC